CCCCGCGCCACCACCACCUAGGGUUUGCCCCCCAAUCAACCCUCCAUGGGCAAGACCAAGCAGGGCAAGAAGGACGUCGAAGAAUUCUACACCAUCAAGGGCACCAACAAGGCCGUUCGAGCCGGGGACUGCGUGCUGAUGCGGCCGUCGGACACGGACAAGGCGCCGUACGUGGCGAGGGUGGAGCGGCUGGAGACGGACGGCCGGGGCAGCGUGCGGGUGCGGGUACGGUGGUACUACCGGCCGGAGGAGUCCAAGGGCGGGCGGCGGCAGUUCCACGGCGCCAAGGAGCUGUUCCUCUCCGACCACUUCGACACGCAGAGCGCGCACACCAUCGAGGGCAAGUGCGUCGUCCACUCCUUCAAGAACUACACCAAGCUCGACAACGUCGGCCCCGAGGACUUCUUCUGCCGCUUCGAGUACAAGGCGGCCACCGGCGCCUUCACGCCCGACCGCGUCGCCGUGUACUGCAAGUGUGAGAUGCCGUACAACCCAGAUGACCUAAUGGUGCAGUGCGAGGGAUGCAAGGACUGGUUCCAUCCAUCUUGUAUGGGAAUGACCAUUGAACAGGCCAAAAAGUUAGACCAUUUCCUGUGCGCAGAUUGUGUCAAAGAAAAUGGCACGAAGAGACCUUCAAACUCGUACCCAGCAUCACCGAAUUCUGAUUCUAAGGUUGAACCAAAAAGGCGGAAGAGGUAACUGCUAUAAUAAGAGCCAUCCGUGGUGAGGAGAUGCACUGUUUAUGGCGUCAGCUCUUCAUUGCUGGUGCAAACUAAAACGUGGAGAUGUACAGUGCACACAAAGAGCUAGGCUAUUUUUAGGACUAAGAUUGUGUUAACUUAUCAUUUGGCUAAAUUUGGGAACGUUUCCAUCAGUCUAGGUAAAAGAAUGAACUUAAAAAAAAAAAAGAUGCUGUUGGGUCGUUCGAUGCAGCGAUUGUGUGGACUGUGGAGUGUCAGCGUGUGUUAACUUUUAGCUUGGUACAGAAAACGCUCCCUUGGUAGAUGAUGUUGAUGAUAGCUUGACUGUAGUUUCA